UUUCCUUCCUGUUUUCUUGGAUCUUGAAUUGGAGCAAUGGGAUUGCCCACAGAGUCACAGUUUCAUGUCUUAGCUGUUGAUGAUAGCCUCAUAGACAGAAAACUCAUUGAGAGGCUCCUCAAGACCUCAUCAUUUCAAGUUACCACAGUGGAUUCUGGUAGCAAGGCUUUACAAUUUUUGGGUUUGAAUGAAGAUGAGCAGAGCAACCCAGAUCAACCCUCUGUUUCUCCAAACAAUCAUCAGGGAGUGGAAGUGAAUCUGAUUAUUACAGAUUACUGUAUGCCUGGAAUGACAAGCUAUGAUUUGCUCAAGAAAAUUAAGGAAUCUUCAUCUCUGAGAAAUAUACCGGUAGUGAUUAUGUCAUCUGAGAAUGUUCCUCAUAUGAUGAAAACCAAACAUUUGAAUCAGCAACAACAAGAAGAUCAAGAUCAAGAAGAAUAAUUUGUGGCAGCGGAGUGAAGGUAUGUGUAGAGGUCCGGCGGGCGGCCAAGGCAAGGGUACCGCCCGCCGGUGA